UUAGAGUCAAUCGUAGUGGUCGGUGAUGGUUCUUGGAAUUACCGUCUAUUGGUCGCCGUGCCGGGUUUUUAACUUUUUUUAGUUUUAGUUAUUUUGUAAAAACAUUUAUCUCGGAAUCCGAAAGCUUUUGAACUAUUUCUAAUUUUAUGAACCUGUAAAUUGUCAAGUGUUGUGUGCGGUCAAUAAAUAAUGUUGUAAAAGAAAAUUUUAUUAUUAAUAGGUAGGUAGUCUAUUUUACUGUGAUACAAAUUUCGAAGAUAGGUAAUUCAAAAGUGCUACGGUAGUGUUUGAUGACCACUCCGUCCAAUGCUGUGACAUUUGUAUAAAUACUGUUAAUAUUCCAAAUCAGAUUUUUGUCCGUCACGUGAAGAGAUACAAACUAUUACAACAUGGAGUCUUCAAAGAAGAAGCAGCGUCCCUCACACCCCAGAGCAAGAGCAAAUCCAUUAUCAGCACUGACAUUUGGAUGGACCCUGCCAAUAUUUUGGAGUGGUCUGAAAAAAGAAAUGGAAGAACAUGAUCUUUACGAGCCUCUAGAGGAACACUCUUCAGGACCUUUAGGAGAUAAGUUUGCACGUCUAUGGGAGGAGGAAGUAGCCCGCGCUGGCAGCAAGCGGACACCGAGCCUGUUACGGGUAAUCCUGAGGGCGUAUGCUGCACGAUGUAUGGUCUAUGGAAUCAUACUACUGGUCAUGGAGUGUGGGAUACGGAUAGCCCAGCCGGUGUUCCUGGGUAAAUUAGUUGAAUACUACAGUCCAGGAGGGCAAACCAUUAAGCGGAAUGAAGCAUACUUCUACGCUGGCGGGGUGGUACUGUGUUCUGCUCUCAACGUGUUCGUCGUGCACCCAUACAUGAUGGCCAUACUACACAUGGGCAUGAAGUUCAGAGUGGCUUGCUGUUCACUUAUUUACAGGAAGUCACUCAGAUUAUCAAAAACGGCACUCGGGGAGACGACAGUGGGUCAAGUGGUGAACCUUUUGUCUAACGACGUGAACAGAUUUGACGUGGCGAUAAUUUUCCUCCAUUACCUAUGGAUUGGACCGCUCGCCACUGUCAUCAUAACUUACUUUAUGUGGCAAGAGAUCAGUUGGGCAGCGGUCGUCGGGGUCGCGUUCAUGUUGGCGUUUAUACCCUUACAAGCUUACUUGGGUAAACGUACAUCAGUACUGCGACUGAAGACAGCCUUGAGGACUGAUGAACGCGUGCGGCUCAUGAACGAGAUCCUCUCCGGGAUCCAAGUUAUUAAGAUGUACACAUGGGAAAAGCCCUUUGCUGACCUCGUCGCUAAGGCCAGAAAGUUUGUAAACGUCAUCUUAAGAUAUUUAAACAUGAUUCGCUCAACGUCGUACAUCCGCGGUGUGCUCACCUCGUUUAUAAUGUUCACGACCCGGAUUUGCCUGUUUUGUUCCAUCCUAGCGUAUGUGUUGGUGAACAACGUGAUCACCGCCAAACAGGUGUUCGUCGUCACCAGCUUUUACAAUAUUCUGCGGCAAACUAUGACCGUCUUCUUCCCUCAAGGUAUUGCUCAAGUAGCAGAAGCUACGAUAUCAAUAAAACGUCUUCAGAACUUCAUGUUGUACGAAGAUACUAGUAAACCAGUACCGGGGCUGGCCGAGAUACAAACCUCCAUUAAAAAAAUACAAGAGCCAAACGUCGAACUUGUGACGGAUAGGAAGCCUCUAAAUAUCACAAAAGAUGAAUCUAAACAACCUGAAAUCGCAGAUUCCGUUGAAACAAAUAACCUUAACGAAGCUAAAGGAAAUGGCAAUGUAAAUUUGGCGCCCCUCGAGUCCGGCGAGGAGGACGACCAGGAGUUGUCAGCGCGCGUGGACCAAGACGCGCGGGGUGUCAGACUGAAACAUGCGACCGCCAAGUGGAUCGCCUCGCAUCCAGAGAACACACUCACCGACCUCUCACUCACCAUCAAACCUGGCAAACUAAUAGCAGUAAUAGGACCAGUGGGCGCAGGAAAAUCGUCUCUGCUCCACGUUCUACUACGCGAAUUGCCUUUAAUAUCGGGCAGUUUACACAUCGGUGGUACUGUAUCUUAUGCAAGCCAAGAACCGUGGCUUUUUGCAGGCAGCGUGCGACAGAACAUCCUGUUCGGGCAAGCGAUGGACCGGCCGCGCUACAACAUGGUGGUGCGGCGGUGCGCGCUCGACCGCGACUUCUCACUGCUGCCGCACGGAGAUAAGACCGUCGUCGGCGAGCGCGGCGUCAGUCUCAGUGGAGGGCAGCGCGCGCGCAUUUCGCUGGCGCGUGCCGUGUACAAGCGUGCGGACGUGUACCUGCUGGACGACCCGCUGUCGGCGGUGGACGCGCACGUGGGCCGUCAUCUGUUCGAGUCAUGCGUCGUAGGCUACCUGCGGAACACAACGCGUGUCCUCGUCACGCAUCAGCUGCAGUUCCUCCGCGACGUGGACCAGAUAAUAAUAUUGAAAAAUGGCGCAAUAGCUGCGGCGGGCGACUUCGACACACUGAGCGCAUCCGGGCUGGACUUCGCGUCGUUGCUGGCGCGGCCCGAGGAGGAGGAGGAGAAGCCGCCUGAACAGGCGCCCUCCGACACCGACGACGCGGCCUUACACGGCAGCUUCCGCAAGAGGCAGAUGAGCAUACACUCGGUGAGCUCCGUGGACAACCUGACGAGCACGGCGCCACCUGAAGGCGGACGCGAGGAGGCGGAGGCGCGGUCGGCGGGCGCGGUGUCGGGCGCCGUGUACGCGGCCUACCUGCGUGCCAGCGGACACCCGCUGCUCGUCGUGCUCAUGGCCUGCGUGGCCACGCUCGCGCAGCUGCUCGGCUCCGCCUCCGACUGGUGGACCAGCUUCUGGGUAAACUUGGAAGAGAUUCAUCCAUACGAGACAAUGCGAUCCUUAAAUAGUAGUAACUCAUCGCAGCCUGAAGACGUCGCGAACAGCUACGAAAAUGCGCUCAUAUCAGACGUUGUGUACGACACCGUUGGUAUAACGAGAUACGAAUGCAUUUAUAUUUAUACCGGCAUGGUGGUUGCUCUAGUGGUGGUAUCACUACUGCGCUCAUUCAUGUUCUUCUCGAUGGCGAUGCGCGCGUCCACGCGGCUCCACAACAACAUGUUCGGGGCCAUCACGCGCGCACCGAUGCGUUUCUUCCACGUGAACCCCUCCGGCCGCAUCUUGAACAGGUUCUCCAAGGACAUGGGGGCUGUGGAUGAGGUGCUUCCGUCUGCGCUCCUCGAUGUGUUACAGAUCGGUCUCUCAUUGAUCGGUAUCGUGGUGGUAGUGGCCGUGGUGAACUACUACUUGUUGAUACCGACCGUCGCCAUCGGGGUCGUAUUCUAUGGGCUGCGCAUUAUCUAUCUGGCCUCCUCACGCAGCAUCAAGCGCCUCGAGGGUGUGACUCGCAGCCCUGUGUUCUCGCAUCUUAACGCUUCUCUGCAAGGGAUCACGACUAUCCGUGCAUUUGGUGCUCAAGAAGCACUUAUCAGAGAGUUUGACAACCACCAAGAUUUACACAGUUCUGCUUGGUAUUUAUUUAUUGCAAGUUCCCGUGCGUUUGGCUUCUGGCUGGACUUAGUGUGCGUAGCGUAUAUAGCUAUGGUUACACUCAGUUUUCUUGUAUUUGGACAAAAUGAAUAUGGCGGUAAUGUGGGGCUUGCUAUAACUCAAGCGAUGGGUCUCACUGGAAUGUUCCAGUGGGGCAUGCGUCAGUCCACUGAGCUCGAGAACCAGAUGACUAGUGUGGAAAGAAUACAGGAGUAUUCGAACAUUGAGUCGGAGCCGCCGCUGCAGUCGCAGGGCGAGAACAAGCCGCCGCCGUCGUGGCCGGAGGAGGGCCGGCUGGAGUUCCGGCACAUGUUCCUGUACUACGCGCCCGGCGAGCCGCCUGUCCUGCGCGACCUCUCCCUCCAAAUACUGCCCAAGGAGAAGGUGGGCAUCGUCGGACGCACCGGCGCCGGCAAAUCCUCCCUCAUCAAUGCACUCUUCAGAUUAGCAACAAUCGAGGGCGAGAUCCUGAUUGACGGGCGGGAGACGUCAACGAUGGGCCUGCACGAGCUGCGCAGCCAGGUGUCGAUCAUCCCGCAGGAGCCGGUGUUGUUCUCGGGCACCAUGCGACACAACCUCGACCCGUUCGACGAAUACCCCGAUCAGGUGCUUUGGAGGGCACUUGAAGAGGUGGAGCUGAAGGAGGCGGUGCGCGAGCUGCCGGCGGGGCUGAACUCGCGCAUGUCGGAGGGCGGCGGCAACUUCUCCGUCGGCCAGCGGCAGCUCGUCUGCCUCGCGCGCGCCAUCGUGCGCCGCAACAAGCUGCUCGUGCUCGACGAGGCCACCGCCAACGUUGACCCGCAAACGGAUGCAUUAAUACAAAAGACAAUAAGGAACAAAUUCGCAGAAUGCACAGUACUUACAAUUGCUCAUCGUUUACAUACUGUUAUGGACUCUGAUAAGGUGCUGGUGAUGGACGCCGGUCAAAUGGUGGAGUUCGACCAUCCUCACAUACUGCUGCAACGCCCCGGCGGCGUGCUACGCGGGAUGGUCGACCAGACAGGCCGUUCUAUGGCCGAUACGCUCGCAAGGAUAGCGCAACAGACUUAUGAGCAGAAACAAACACCAGCAGCAGAGAGUUCUAAAUGAUCUUAUAGAUGUAGGUUAUCAAAAUAUACACGUUCCUAUGUUUGAUAAUAGUAUAAUUGAAUGAAUUUAUAUUCUGAACUGGCGGUGGUAACUUACACGCCGCUCAAUAAGCAAAGCUUAUUAAUUACACAUAUAUAAGUUACCCACAGUCUGUCCAGGGUGGACACCUUUAGGAAUUAGCUUGUUUACUUAUAUUUUACUGCAUGGUAAUGCACAAAAAAGAUAGAAAUAGACAAGGCAAAUACUUCAAUUUAUACGCGAACUAUAUCACUACUAAUUUACGUAAUAUAAAAGUUAUUUAUUGAUAGCGAACCUUCUCUCGCACUAAGAAAAUACUAUCUGUACUCUUGCUCAAAUCUGUAUAAUUGGUUAAAUUCAAGCUCCAUUGAGCUUAUUUUAGGGUCAAAAAUUAACACAAAGUACAUACAGUCACAACGUUUAUUUUAGUGUACCUCUGUAAAAUAUACUAUACUGUAUCUAACAUAACAAAUAAUCGGAGAUAUAGUUUUCGAAAAAUUUCACUUAGAAAUAUAAGUCGCAAUAUCACUACAUUUCUCAUUAUGUAUUUCUCUUUAUAAUUUUUUCCAAAUGGUCACAUGUUCAAUUUAAUAAAUGAAAGUCUCAGAGAUUAUCUUCAUAUUUUGAAUUAUUGUGCUUGAGCAUAUAAUUCACAUUAGUGUGGAUCUAGCCUUACAGGUAUAUAUUUUUUAAAAUCAUAAAUGAUUCAUGCCAUUUGGUGCCAUUACAGCCACUGACAAACUUCAUCACUCCUGGUCGGACUGUAUUCAAUAAAUUUAAUUACGUCACAAUUUUGAGCUUGUACUAGUUACUAUAAAACGAAUUACUUUUAAGAAUAGGUUUUAAUUGUAACUUAAUAGAGAUGGGACAAAUGACAAGUGAGAUUUUUAUAUAUUUUUUAAUCGUACUUCAAAUUUUAUGAAUAGAUUACAUCGGAACUCGAAUACCAAAUAAAAUCUCUUUGCGCAUUAUGAAUGCAAAUGUGUGUAUAUGAUCCAAUGAAAUGAUACCGGUGCUUAAUAUUUUAUUUCUGUACUUUAUUAUACGCGUUUAGUUGUACUUACGUAGUUAUAUAGUUUUACAAAUCAUGAUUGCCUGUAAAAUCAUUGUGUACUUAUUAUUCUAAAUCGUAUAUGUGAAUUAUACGUUACUUAAAUCCAUUGUACGUAAUUAUGAUUUAAUUGUUGAUAAAUACAUUUUAUUCAGUGAUUAUAAUUAAUUUAAUAAUUUUAAUGUGAUAAUGAUGUUUUGAACAUACAGUGCCUGUUUAUAAUGUAUCACUAAGAAACUUGUUAUUAUUAUUACAACAAAAUGCAGUGAAAUAUGUCAAACAUA